AUGGUGAAGAUACUGGAGAUCGGACUGGGGCGGCUCGACGCCGAGGAGGACGACGACUGCUGCGAGAUAGACCCCGCCGAGUUCGCCAAGAAGGUGAAUCGCAAAGCAUCAGAUGACGACGACGUGGUCGUCGUUGCGGCCAAAGGCCCGAUCAAAGUCAAGGUGGAAUUAGAUUGGUCGGAGCAUUCCGCAGAAACUUUGGAUGGACGCGCCAACAGUAAUGGCGGCCUGCAUGGACGCAUCGCUGGUGAUCGCUUGGAUAACCCUUUGAAGAUUGAAGAAGAUGAACCAACUAUCCAUCAGAUGGGGCCUCUUGAGGCCAAGCCUGAUGUCAAAAGCAUCCCUGGCGAGCCACUGCUGGUGAUGUCCGAUUCCGAAUUGCCCUUUGGGGGGCUCUUCGCUGACAUGUGCCCGGGGAAGAGCGAACUUGAAGAUGGCAACGGCGGCGCCGGUGCUGUGGGUGAACCCAUCAAGGAGGAAAUCAUCCCUGACAUGUCGCCGCUGAAAUGCGGGUCUGGAUGCUUUGAGGAGGACGUCAUUCCUGACUUGUCGCCAAUAACGCGCAACAGUGGCACUGAUGAACUCUUCAAGGAGAAAACCAUCCCUGACAAGCCACUGCUGAAGUCUGAAUCUAAAUACUUUGAGGAUGUUACUGUUCCUGUCAUGUCGCCAAUAAAGCAUGAUGAUCAUGGUGCCGAUGAGCGUGUUGGAGAAGAAGAUGGGUAUGACCAUCUCCCAGAGAUGGAUAGACUCAACCCUGAGGGAAGAGAUUUUGAUGAAGACGGUGACUACGUUGUCGUAGUAGCGAAAGAGGCUCUCUGA